AUGGCUGCAGCAGGAGUCCCGGGGGCUGUUGGAGGAGAGGUAUCCGUGUUUGGAGACGCGCAGACGGGGGCAGACGGAAGGGGAGCUCCACUGUCCUCCCCGUCCCACACAGCGGUGUCUCUGUCCCACACAGAGAUAUCUCUGUACCGCACAGAAGUUUCUCUGUCCCACACAGAGGUGUCUCUGUCUCUGUCCCUCACAGAGGUGUCUCUGUCCCACACAGAGGUGUCUCUGUCCCUCACAGAGGUGUCUCUGUCUCUGUCCCACACAGAGAUGUCUCUGUCUCUGUCCCUCACAGAGGUGUCUCUGUCUCUGUCCCUCACAGAGGUGUCUCUGUCCCACACAGAGGUGUCUCUGUCCCUCACAGAGGUGUCUCUGUCUCUGUCCCUCACAGAGGUGUCUCUGUCUCUGUCCCACACAGAGAUGUCUCUGUCUCUGUCCCUCACAGAGGUGUCUCUGUCUCUGUCCCUCACAGAGGUGUCUCUGUCUCUGUCCCUCACAGAGGUGUCUCUGUCUCUGUCCCUCACAGAGGUGUCUCUGUCCCACACAGAGGUGUCUCUGUCCCUCACAGAGGUGUCUCUGUCUCUGUCCCUCACAGAGGUGUCUCUGUCCCUCACAGAGGUGUCUCUGUCCCUCACAGAGGUGUCUCUGUCCCACACAGAGGUGUCUCUGUCCCUCACAGAGGUGUCUCUGUCUCUGUCCCACACAGAGAUGUCUCUGUCCCACACAGAGGCGUCUCUGUCAGAGACACAGAGAUAUCUACAGCAGAAGUGGGACCAAGCUGACUACGACAACCACAGGAAGAAGAACAACAAGGAGACAGUGAGGAAGAGGGGAGCAGAACACAAGGAGACGGUGAGGAAGAGGGGAGCAGAACACAAGGAGACGGUGAGGAAGAGGGGAGCAGAACACAAGGAGACGGUGAGGAAGAGGGGAGCAGAACACAAGGAGACGGUGACUCCUGCUCUGCCGGUGGUGGACACUAAAGGCCCCAGGACUCCCUCCCACAUGCAGCUCAAGCUCAAGAAGCAGCAGCUUCAGGAGGAGCGUCUGUCCAUCAUCGACAAAGACAACCGCCUGCUGUCCUCCAGACUGGUGUCCAUCUCCUGCUCCAGGGGCCUGGUGGACCACCUCAACCACUACCACAGCAAGAGGUCUGUCAACCGCUACUACCUCAGCCUGAACCACUACCACCUGAACCUGGACCACUACCACCUGAACUUGGACCACUACCACCUCAACCUGGACCACUACCACCUCAACCUGGACCACUACCACCUCAACCUGGACCACUACCACCUCAACCUGAACCACUACCACUACCAAAAACCUGAGUACCACCUCAACCUGGACCACUACCACCUCAACCUGGACCACUACCACCUCAACCUGAACCACUACCACUACCACCUCAACCUGAACCACUACCACCACCACCUGAACCACUAUCACCAGAACCUGGACCACUACCACUACACUGCAAAAGAUGAUACAAUGCAACUCAAAGAAAAGCAGUCAGAGUACAGGAGGCAGCUGUGGCUACAGGACUGGAACAGGACCAACCGUCUGCGGGACGACAUCUCCAGAUACCCCCCUCUGUCCCGGGACAAGGAGGUGAGAGAGGAGGCGCUAAGGACGAGGGACUGGGAGGUGAGAGAGGAGGAGCUAAGGACAAGGGACAGGGAGGUGAGAGAGGAGGAGCUAAGGACAAGGGACAGGGAGGUGAGAGAGGAGGAGCUAAGGACAAGGGACAGGGAGGUGAGAAAGGAGGAGCUAAGGACAAGGGACUGGGAGGUGAGAAAGGAGGAGCUAAGGACAAGGGACAGGGAGGUGAGAGAGGAGGCGCUAAGGACAAGGGACAGGGAGGUGAGAGAGGAGGCGCUAAGGACAAGGGACAGGGAGGUGAGAGAGGAGGCGCUAAGGACAAGGGACAGGGAGGUGAGAAAGGAGGAGCUAAGGACAAGGGACAGGGAGGUGAGAAAGGAGGAGCUAAGGACAAGGGACAGGGAGGUGAGAGAGGAGGCGCUAAGGACGAGGGACUGGGAGGGGAGAGAGGAGGCGCUAAGGACAAGGGACAGGGAGGUGAGAGAGGAGGCGCUAAGGACAAGGGACAGGGAGGUGAGAGAGGAGGCGCUAAGGACGAGGGACUGGGAGGGGAGAGAGGAGGCGCUAAGGACAAGGGACAAGGAGGGGAGAGAAGAAGAGCUAAAGACGAGAGACAAGAGGAGCCAGUGGAAAGUGAAGUUUGCAGCAGGGAACAGACAUCAGUCCAUCAGCAGCAGAGACACAUGA